GCCUCUUUAUCUACUUAUGUGUCUAUAACAGUACACUACAAGGUACACUAAGACCAUGUGCCGGCAACAGCAGCACCCACACUUCUCCCUGCUGCUGACGUGGUGCGGUCUGCUGACGGUGGCCGUGGUGGCCGUGGCUGCUGCCUUGGUGAUACUGACAAUGGGAGAGAAGGAGCAGAAUGCAUCAAAGAUACCUGGGAUGCAAGAGAGGCAUCAGGCAAAUGCAGUGAUUGCACCAACUGGUGCAACAAGCACAUCAACUACUGCAAAUAAUGAAUCAACUGCUGCGACAAGGCGACCCUUCUGGCAUAUUCAACUAACUUAUGAUGGCAAUUCGUGGAUUCAGGAUCUGCAAAUACACGACUCCACCACCUCCAUCUUCCUCCACAACAACUCGGUCACCCUGAACACCGGAGGGCUCUAUUACUUUUAUGCCCUCACCACAUUGCGUCCAUGCCAGAAAAAGAAGACGAACGUGCUGCUGGUGAGGAACGAGAUCCCGGGGAAGAAAAGGCUGCCGCUGAUCGAAGUGGGGAUUGAGGGCACAGCGUCUUUGAGUAAGCUAAUUAGCUGCGAGAAAGGAGACAGUCUGAUGCUGGAGGUGAAUCCCAUAGAAUGUUCACUAUGGAGCCCUCAUAAGACGUACUGGGGUCUGUUCCUGCUAUCUUAAUGUUUCUAGAGACGGGAUAUUAACUUAUCAUCGACAUGUGGAAGGGGCGCUCACUCUGCGUGAAGGUUGUUUUCUGAAAACACGGGUAUAUUUCAACGCUGGCAUAUUUCUAACAGUUCCGUUGAAACUUAAGAUGAGACCGGCGAAACUAUGCACAGUUCUGACUAACUCCACGCCAUUCUUAGAAAAAAGGGGAUGUGGAGUCUUUUUUUAUAAUUACCUGUUUUAAACUUACGUGAAAUGAAAAGCCACAGUCAUGUGUGUUGUUGGAAAGUAUGCGGAUUGCAUAUAACAUGGGUUGAGUUCAGUAUUAUCAUUUAAAUCAGAGUAUUUUGAAUGUAAUACGUAAGUAGGCUUUUUAAAUGUUUAUUACUGUGAUGUCAUUUUUAUAUUUGCUAUAUAAUUUGAAUGCCAUUUAUUUAAUUUGCAGUGACUGUAAAUAAAACCCAUUUGCACAUA